AUGUUUGUCAAGGAAGAGGGGCACAAGGACCUUGCACGGGCCUGGAUGGAUAGGGUUGUAGAUGGUCUACAAAGAUGCCAACCGAGCCACAGCGGAUCAGCCACAACCUCUGAUAUUACUGCUGGAGGGGGAUUUACAGGAGACGUGAGUUCCACCUAUAUCAUAUGGGGAGCUCUGGCCAGGGUGGGGACAUACCAAGUUCUCCUGUCAGACUACGGGUACUUUCUAGGCUCAAGGAAAGUGGUCGGCGGAUUGUCGAGCGUCUACUACGUGUUCGCCCAUCGCCAGCCCAUAUCUGGGGAUGGGCGGUGGGCCAGGAGAGUGGAUGAGAGUGGAAGAAUAUGCUCAACUACAAUAGGGAGCUUAAGCUGGGUUGCUGCUUCCCAAGCUCUAUCCAUUGCCAAUCACAGAAACAAACAAGGUGGAAUGUGUGGUAAUGCUCGAAAGACACAAAGCCCCAGGCCUCUUCCUACAGUUCUUCAAGUGAAGGAGCCAAUGAGGAUGAUUGGGUCGAUGGACUCGAAAGCGCAGGCGAGGAAGAUGGAAUGGACUCAGGAGAUGGCGGUGGCGGGUCUAGAUGAAAAGAGGUACGCGCUUGGGAAAUGCGACGUGAAACGAUUCCACCAGCUGGUGAUGUCAGCCACAUCCGCUGUGGUUGGGGUCGGCAUCCAAGCGUGCGUCGGGGCGUCGGGGCGUCGGGACACGCGCUCAGAAGUCCAAGGCACACAUGGCCGUCGGGGUGGUAGAGAAUAA